GGCUGGCAGCAGGUGCGUUCCACUCCAGAGCUCUUCCGGCGUAAAGAUGUUCCGAACUACAAGGUCACCGAUGAUGCAACCCCUGGCCAACUCAGGAAUGGGCAUGGCUCCCUUCUUCAAGGUGACUGUUUUUGAGCAGGAGCAUUUCCAGGGCAAAUGCCUGGAGUUGACCUCCGAGUGUGGUAAUAUCCAAGACUGUGGUCUGGACAACAUCCGUUCCGUCAGGGUAGAGAGCGGCGCCUGGGUCGGUUUUGAGCACCAUGACUUCCAAGGCCAGCAGUUGAUCCUGGAGAGAGGAGAAUACCCCCACUGGGACUCCUACAGCGGCUCCCUCGCUUACCACGUCGAACGUCUCAUGUCUCUGCGCCCCAUCUACUGCGCUUCUCACCAGAGUAGCCGCAUGGUCAUCUUUGAGAGGGAGAACUUCAUGGGCCGCAGCGUGGAGAUCUCUGAUGACUACCCCUCCCUGCAGGCCAUGGGCUGGCUGACACCUGAAGUGGGCUCCAUGCAUGUGCAGUGCGGCGCCUUCGUGUGCUACCAGUUCCCUGGCUACAGGGGCCAGCAGUACAUCAUGGAGUCUGAGAGACACAGUGGUGACUACCAGCAAUGCAAAACUUGGGGCUCCCACUGCCAAACUCCCCAGAUCCAGUCCAUCAGGCGCAUCCAGCACUGAGAGGAAGACAAGACUGACAUAGCAGCUCCUUCCUACCUAUGAUCUCCUCCUUUCUGUCUGCUCCACAUUCCUGCAACCCACUCCACACUGCUCCACAAAUGAAUGUGAGAGACAAUAUAGCACUGCUAAAGCACAGGGAACUCCGCAGUCCACACACACACACGCCAACAUACGUACAGUAGAUGACACUCGGGUAACGUGUUUUUUUAUUUGGUUUGAGGGCCCAACUCACAAACACAUAUACUGAGCUGAAAUUAAAGGCCACUUGAAGGAGAACUUCCUAACUGUGGCGCAGCUGGUGUGUGAUCGUUUUGUGUGGAGGAGGUCGACUCACAGGUUGAUAGCAAAU